GCUGCACUCUUUCAAGACAACCUUGACCAUGCGCUUAAUCUAUUAGCUGGAUGGCCAUCGCGGGCCUUGGUGGAACACGGGCCAAAACAGCGGCUCGUCUUUCCCCAUGCUGAUGCCCGCUGUUCACUGCUGUUGCGCAACAUUUGCAAUUAUGCUAGGGACAAUGAAUAGUCUGCAAGUCUACGAGUCUUCGAUCUUUGAGCCCAUCCCACGUUCCCGGGACUUGAUCCACACCUUAUGGGGUUAAUAACGCGAGCUAGGCCAUCGCUCAUCAGGGAACUUGAUCUUGAUAACCACGAUGUGAAACCAACCUAGACUGCGCGCCAUGAUACAUCAGAUUCUCCGCCAUGUUGCUACCUAACAUAUGAUCGAGUUCAUAUCAUAAAGCGGCCCGGCCUCCCCCUUACGGAUGAUCCAUUCCCUCGUGUCCGACCUGCCCCUGACUUCCAACCCAGACCCCCCGUCCCUUCGCCAUGUCGAACGCAACGACCUCAGCGAAGAUUGGAAAACCGCCAAACAACACGAGGGACUACAACAUCAUCAGGGGUAUCUACCGACAAUAUGGUGUUACGACACUCGAUCCCAGUCUGGGCUACCUCUUCGCCGCAAAGGAGCCUGCAAACGCCGUUCACGAGUCCAAGCAAGGCGCCAUCAUCGCGGGAAUGAUUGUCGUCUUGCUCGCCAUCAUCGUACCGACAGCAGGAAGACUUUGGGUUCGAGGACGGGGGGCACAAACCAAGUUCGGAUGGGACGACUGGGUCAUCAUCGCAGCGGCGACUCUUGCGGUGGUAUAUCCGAUCCUACAGAUCCUCGUCGUCGUCGACGCGGGAGGCGGCACGCACACCUGGGAGAAUACCUACGACGACUACCAAUUCUACUCGUAUUACCUCACCGUCUGCCGACUGCUCUACUACCCUAUUGUCGGCAUCAUCAAAAUUUCCAUCACUCUCUUCAUCAGACGGCUCGUCGACACAGCCUACAGGACCUGGAGGAUUCUUGCGGACAUCUUCCUCGGAACGCUCGUUGCAUAUGUCAUCGCCGCCUUGUUUUGGAGCAUCUUCCUGUGCAAUCCGCCACGAGCUGUAUGGGACAGAGAGUUUGCAGGAGCUUUGGCAGAGCCAGCGACGUGCGGAAACCAGUUCCUCAGUGCGAAGGUUCUCAGCAUCAUCCACGUGGUGCAGAGUAUCCUCCUCCUGGCGACGCCAAUCAUCAUCUUGUGGAGCAUUCGCAUUGAUAGGGGCAAGAAAAUCAGGCUCUUCAUCAUCUGGGCCUCUGGCGGGCUCACUGUGACUGGCGGCCUCUUACAACAGCUGCAGCCAUUCACAUCAACAGAUAUUUUCUGGGACUACACCAUCAUCUUGAGGUGGACAGUGCUCGACAUAUCCAUGGGCAUCGUCACCGCCUCGCUACCUGUGCUCGACGCGGCCAUCAUGGGAUCAUGGCACGCAGCAAAAUCUACACUCGGGCUGUCGAAUCCCGACAAGCAGAACAGCAGGGGGACGAGGGGGACCAGAGGAACGAAUGUCGAGACGAUCAGCUCCGGACCCCGGAAAAACUAUGCCAGCUCGGCUGAGAACAUCGUUGGAAAAGACGACGGCCUUGAGAUGGACGUCAUUCAACACAACGGGCCAGAUGAGACGAGUGAUAAUCACUCGAUACCAGAUACUACGGGCCAUGACAGACGACAUAGGGUCAAUAACAUGGUAUGAAGAUACGAUUUAAACGAAAGAAGUAACAUAGUGUAAUCCAUAACCAUAUAGAAAAUAUCAAAAUACUAUUGCUGUGCAAAGUUCAAA